UGCAACACACAACACAAAGGUGGAACCGCAUCAACUGCCGGCGGUGUUUGUUGAAUUUUGUUUUCGUUUUUUGGAUGGUUUUUGGUGAAAAUAACCUGAUAUUAUGUUUAAUUAUCGUGUAUUAAUUGAAAUGAAGUAAUUAUUCAACAUCUCUUUUGUACGAACUGUUUUCCGCAACAUCUAAACCAUGGUAAAGUUGACGCCAGACUUGAUACAGCAGUCUAUGCAGUAUGUCAACCCUUGUCGAGAUAGAGAACUAAGUUUGAGAGGUUACAGAAUCCCCAUGAUCGAGAAUCUGGGAGCAACGUUAGACCAAUUCGAUACGAUUGACUUCUCGGACAACGAUAUUCGAAAAUUAGAUGGGUUUCCUUUCUUGAAACGUUUAAGUUCUUUAAUACUUAAUAAUAAUGCUGUCGUAAAAAUAGGUGAAAAUCUCGAACAGCAUAUUCCCAAUUUGGAAACACUAAUACUAACUGGAAAUAUGAUGCAAGAAUUAGGUGAUGUUGAUCCUCUAGCCACUUUACCGAAUUUAAAAUUCCUAAGUUUAUUGCAAAAUCCUGUAGCUCAUUUACAACACUAUCGUGCCUAUGUUGUGUACAAACUUCCUCAGCUAAAAGUGUUAGAUUUCAAGAAGAUUAAACUGAAAGAAAAGAAAGAAGCUACAGCGCUGUUCAAGAGCAAAAAAGGAAAGGAAUUGCAGAAGAGUAUUGUUAAAAAAUCCAAAUUCACUCCCGGUGAAAAUCUAUCCGAGUUCAGAAAACCAUCUGCUCAUAGAGCAGAAGAGAUCAAGAAAAUUAGGGAAGCUGUUGCGAAUGUUUCAUCUUUAGAAGAAGCAGAACGAUUACAGCAGAUGUUGCAGUCCGGCAAAUUACCAGAAAAGGAAACCAACGGAAUGGAAGUCGACGAAUACGAAGAAAAAGAAGAAGAAGAUGAUGUUGAAUAAUUUCAUAUUUUCUAUGUUUUUAAUUCGUUUCUAUUUCAGUUCUAUCUGAUAAUGACAGAUACUAAACACAUUGGUCAUUUUGUCUCCUUGGCCUCGAUUCUUCUAAAAAUGAAAAUGUCGCGUGAUUUUGUAAAGAACCUAAUGAAUUAAUUUUUUCAAUAUUCUGCGUUUCUUUGCGAUUUUCUCUUUUCUUGUACCUUGAAAAAAAUGUAUGUAAGAUAGGCGCGCAAGAUAGGUUUGGUGAAAAUGUUGUAAAAUUAUUUCAUACUCGUUUUAUUCGAUGUUUGAUAUUUUCACUUGAUACUACCUCAUUUUUAAUUGCAUAUUUGAGGCUUUUGAUUAAGUACUUUUUGUAAUAGAUUUCAAGAAUUUUCAGUUUAGUUUUAAAUUUAUCAAAAUGUCGAGAAGCUAAUAAAUAUUGUUUUGUAUAAUGCAAAUGUGUUUCAUUUUUGUUAUUUUUUCGCACUUUAUUAAUAAUAUAUUUGAAGUUUUGUUUCAGGCGGUCAUCAAUGUGACAAGUUUUGCGCUGCUGAAUUGAAGUUGCAAGUUUGUUACAUUUUCAUCGGUGGUACAGGCAAUUAUUUUCUAUUUUAUCGUGUGAUUGUUGAAAUAAAUUUCGUUUUUGUUGGA